AACUUGUGUCUGAUUUAGCUGCAGGAAGCAUUAAGAAGGAAAAACAGUGCAAACAGGACGCUCAGCUUUCUCUCUCCCAGCCUGUGGACUGAUUCCCUUCCCACUCCACUGAGCUGGACUUUUCCCACCGGCUCACUCUGCUCUUCUUUAUUUAUUGACUUUUUUCAGCUGUGCUGUGUCUCUUUGAAGACUUGUCUCUCUGUUACAGUCCGGACUUUUUACUGUAGAGGCUCGAGAAAAGAAGAAGGCGACAGCACAACAACAGGAGGACGCGGAAUCGCUUUGGGAAUAACCGCCUGGAGUUCAUAUCCCUCAUAAUGAAAGCUGCCUUGGAGUUCUGCUUGCUGUUCCUCACGCUGCAGUCUCCCGGCGUGCUGUCCCUGUCCACACAUGUAGCAGUUGUUUACCCCCAGGACCCUGUGCUUCGCAUGGGGUCCAACCUGACCGCCAGCUGCUGGGUCCACCCUGACCUCGGGGUCCACGCCAACUCUCUUUUCUGGACGCUGAACGGUCAUCAGCUUCCAAGCUCCCUCUACAAGGUGCUCAGCCCGUCCAAUCUGAGCGUGACGCUGGUUGGGCUAAACGCCUCCAGGCAAACCUCCGGCGACAACCUGGUCUGCCACAACCAUAAAGGGCACAUACUGGCCGGCUCCUGUCUGUAUGUUGGGAUGCCUCCAGAGAAACCAGUCAAUCUGACCUGCUGGUCCCGGAACACCAAAGACCUGACAUGCAGCUGGAGCCCUGGUGGAAAAGGAGAGACUAAUAUCAGCACACAGUACAAGCUUAAGUACAAACUCAGGUGGUACGGAACCGAGAAGGAGUGUAAGGAUUACAGCCACACCCAGCCGUACUCCUGCAGCAUCACCCAGGACCUGCACCUCUUCACUCCGUAUGAGAUCUGGGUGGAGGCCUCCAACCAGCUGGGCCGGGCCACCUCUGAUGUCAUCAUCCUUGACAUCCUAGAUGUGGUGACCACAGACCCUCCGUCAGGCGUCACCGUCAGCCGUGUUGGUCAGUUGGAGGACCAGCUCAGUGUUCGCUGGGAGGCGCCGCCAGCUCUCAAAGACUUCCUGUUCAAGGCAAAAUACCAGAUCCGCUACAGGCUGGAGGAGAGUCAAGACUGGAAGGUGAUGAAUGAUGUCGGGAAUCAGACGUCGUGCAGACUGGCGGGGCUGAGAGCCGGAACGGUGUAUUUUGUCCAGGUUCGCUGUAACCCCGUGGGCAUCUACGGCUCUCGCAAAGCUGGGAUAUGGAGCGAGUGGAGCCACCCCACAGCUGCUUCCACACCCCACAGUGAACGACUGAUGUCCUGUGACUCGAAGUCCAGCGGAGACUCCAACUCCACCCUGCGGCGAGAGCUGAAGCAGUUUCUCGGCUGGGUGAAGAAGCACGCCUAUGGCUGCAGCAGUAUGUCCAUGAAGUUGUACGACCAGUGGAGGGUGGAUAUGCAGAAGUCGCCAAAAACUCGCAACCAGGUAGGUUCUCCAAGGGGAUAAGUCGUAGCACAUGCUGGCUCUGCAAGGGGAAAAGAACUGAAUGAAUGCAGUUUAGUUUCUUUUUCUUCUUUUUUAUCCAUACGUGUGAAUGAGAAGAAAGAAAAACGACUGCAUUCCUCUAAUAGAAAUGUAAAAGACACUUUGCUCCGGAAGAAGUCCAAAGGAAAAAAAAUAGUGGGGAUAUACUUCCUUUCUGCUUCCUUUCCACUCGAUAUGAGCACGUUUAUAUGACGGAGCUGCUUUACUCAUCAUGGAUAUUGCGAGACAGAAAGAACGUGGAUGCAAACCACAUUGUAGCAUGAAGAUGUUGGACUGCAGUAAAGACAUUUCACAUGCAUUUGACCUGAUUGUGCACGGAGGAGAUCAAAUCCAAUCUGAAUUUACCUGAAAUGUUGGCUAAAGCAGCUAAAAGUGACACCAGUGGCUUUAGGAGAUUCUUGUCAAUACAAGGCGCCAUCUAGUGGCUGCUGAGUAUCCAUGAAUUCCCCAAACCCUCCCUCCUCUGAGAUCCUAAUGUAAAAAGAAAUAUGAACAGAUUAUGAUUCAGUAUUUUAACGAGUGCUUUGCUAUAUAGGUGGAUAGUGUGCCAAACUGGUUCACCCAGGAUGUGACUGAUGGUGUCUGUGUUGGCUAUGGAAAGCCUUUAUUUUUGUACUAAACUGUACCAGCAUAUUUAAAGUAUAAAGCUAUGUUUUAUAAUUCUUAAGUUAAAUUUAGUCAGUAAAGACUGUACAAUGACUGAAGUUGUUAUCAAUUUUUAACUGUGUUCUAUAAAAAUGUUGCCAGAAAA